GAUGGCGAGAUCUGGAAUCGAUCAGUGGGAUUAAUCGAGCGCUUACAGUCUGCAGGGCGCUGGACCGAGCGCCCGGGAAAGCGCACCGCAGCGGCAUUAGCUGACGCGGUCCCUGCCCAUACGCGUUAUUAGAUGCUCAAUCCGGGAUCUUUUGGGGCCACUUAUGGACCGAUCGGGAACCCCUUGGCUCCACCGUCCCCUUCCCCGCUUUCUUCACCUUUUUUAAAAAUUUUCCUUCCAUUUUCCCUCCCCACCCCCUUCCUCCCUCCUCCUCCUCUUUCUCUUCAGAGCCAAACUGGUGCCCGCGACCAGCCGCAGGAGGAGCAUGUGGUUCCUUUUCUCUCCCUUUUGUGUGUGACCGUGUGUUCCCGUGAAGUUUCUUUGUGAGGGAAUGUGUGUGUUUCUCAGCGCUCCCCCUAAAUCCGCCUACGCUUGGAAAACUGCCUCUUUUACCCAUUCCCUGCUUUCCUCCGACCCUCCUGUGGUUCUUUCUACCCCCUUAAAAAUCCUUUUCUUCUUGGCCUUUCAUCUCAUUUUUUUUCCCCCAUCCACCCAGCGUGCUUCUCUUUCCUUCUCCCAAGCAACGCCCAGGGGGAAGUAGUGUUUUAAAAUGAAAAGUUGGGAGAAAAUGAACUACCGAGCCGCAUUCAUUCAGCUGCAUUUAUUGAGCGCUUAAUGUGUGCAGAGCACCGUACUGAGUGCUUGGAAAAUGCAAUUUGGCAACAGAAUUAUUUCACUGGGAGCAACCUCAAUAUUCCCAGUUAUUUCUUUCAUACCGUAUCCGUGUCGUACGGAUCUUAUGGGCUGGCGUUAUGGAGCCUCUCUUGAGCAGUAGACAUUGGAUUAUUUUCCCCACCGCCCUCGAUUGGCUUUCCCGUCUUUGUCUCCACCACUGAAAUCUGCUCCUGCUUGUUUCUGUCCACACUGCAGGAGUAUUCUGCAGCUAUUCCAAGCCACGUAUUGAAGCCCCGGUGGUGAUUAGCUGACUUGAAACGAUCCCGUUCCCCAGCUAGCGGUUGCCUUUCUCUCAGCACAAAGAACAGGUGACGAGUACGUUCUCUCUGUUGAAUCAGGUGCUGGGACCAGGGCGGAAAAUAAGGAAUCCACUCCAGAAGACGACUUCGAGGAAGAGGUCCUGGCCUGCGCAGCCGGGUGGGAAGUGCACUUGACCGAGCAUCCCGGGACCAGUUCGAGUUGUUCUCCGCUCCGAGGCCGAUCCUCACCAAAAGCUCCGCCCGCUCCAUAUGAGCCUGCGCUUCCCCGAGAGGGGAGUACAGCGAUCGGGCAAUGGCGGGCACGCCGCCGAAAGCCGGGGCUCAGGGCCUGGUGACGUUUGAGGACGUGGCCGUGUCCUUCACCCCGGAGGAGUGGAAGCAUUUGGAUCCCGCCCAGUGCAACCUGUACUGGGACGUGAUGCUGGAAAAUUACGGAAACCUGGCCUCUCUAGCUGGAUGUCCAGUUCCCAAACCUGAAGUGAUUUCUCAGCUGGAGGAAGGGAAAGACCUGUGGGGCCUGGUUCUUCAGGAAACUGACAACAGGGAGACCCUGAGAGACCCCUACACAGAUCGUAGGCCAGGAACUGAGGCCGAGUCGAUUAUCACAAAGCAGGACCUUUACGAAGACGGGGACUUCCGCCGGCCGUUGUCGGCGAGACGCCCGCAGAACGUCCUCGUGGCUGCCGGGGAUGGGAAUGCCUACGAGAACGAGGGCAGGACCUUCAAGGAGUUCCAUUACAAGGCCUCCCCGGACAAGGCGCCGUACGACUACGAGCGAGCUUUCGAGUGGAGCUCCUUCCACCUGGACCAUCAGCGCCUCCAUAUCGAAGAGAAGCCCUACAAGUGCUACGAAUGCGGGAAGGCCUUCAAGCGCAGCUCCUGCCUCAUCGAACACCAGAGAAUCCACACCGGAGAGAAGCCCUACAUCUGCAGCGAGUGCGGGAAAGCCUUCAGUCACCAGUCGGCCCUUAUCAAGCAUCAGCGGAUGCACACCGGGGAGAAGCCGUACCAGUGCAACGAGUGCGGGAAGGCCUUCGGACGGCACUCCACCCUCAUCGUGCAUCAGAGGAUCCACACGGGCGAGAAGCCCUACCAGUGUAACGAGUGCGGGAAGACCUUCAGCCACCACUCCACCCUCAUCAGACACCAGAGGAUCCACACCGGAGAGAAGCCCUACCAGUGCAACGACUGCGGGAAGGCCUUCAGCGACCACUCCAACCUCAUCAACCACCAGAGGAUCCACACCGGGGAGAAGCCCUACCAGUGCAACGAGUGCGGGAAGGCCUUCAGCCAGCUCUCGGCGCUCAUCGAGCACCAGAGGAUGCACACCGGCGAGAAGCCGUACAAGUGCAACGAGUGCGGGAAGGCCUUCAGCCGCCACUCGACCCUCAUCGUCCACCAGAGGAUCCACACCGGGGAGAGGCCGUACAAGUGCAACGACUGCGGGAAGGCCUUCAGCCACCACUCCACCCUCAUCAUCCACCAGAGGAUCCACACCGAGGAGAAACCCUACCACUGCAACGACUGCGGGAAAGCCUUCAGCGACCACUCCAACCUGAUCAAUCACCAGCGGGUCCACACCGGGGAGAAGCCCUACCAGUGCAACGGGUGCGGGCGAGCCUUCAGCCAGCUCUCGGCCCUCAUCGAGCACCAGAGGAUCCACACCGGCGAGAAGCCGUACCAGUGCAACGAGUGCGGGAAAGCCUUCAGCCGCCACUCCACCCUCAUCGUCCAUCAGAGGAUCCACACCGGAGAAAAGCCCUACAAGUGCAACGAGUGCGGGAAGGCCUUCACGCACAACUCCACCCUCGUCAUUCACCAGAGGAUUCACACCGAAGAGAAGCCCUACCAGUGUAACGAGUGCGGGAAGGCCUUCAGCGACCACUCGAACCUGAAUAAUCACCAGAGGGUCCACACCGGCGAGAAACCCUACCACUGUAACGAGUGCGGGAAGGCCUUCAGCCAGCUCUCGGGCCUCACCGAUCACCGGAGGAUGCACACCGGGGAGAAGCCGUACAAGUGCAGCGAGUGCCGGAAGGCCUUCAGUCGACACUCCAACCUGAUGGUGCAUCAGAGAAUCCAUACGGGAGAGAAGCCCUACAAAUGCAAUGACUGCGGGAAGGCCUUUACCCUGCACUCGGCCCUCAUCGGGCACCAGAGGAUUCACACCGGGGAGAAACCGUACAAGUGCACCGAAUGCGAAAAAGCCUUUAGCCUGCACUCCGUCCUCAUCGUGCACCUGAGGACUCAUACCGGGGAGAAGCCCUAUGUAUGUAACCAGUGCGGAAGGGCCUUUAGCCAGUACUCGGCCCUCAUUCGGCAUCAGAAGAUUCAUACGGGGAAGAAACCCUUCCUACGUCGGACACGAAAUGGUCUCGGCCGCCGCCCCGCCCUUGCUGAACAUCAGCGACUUCCUAAUGGACCGAAACCCCACGAACAUCAUGAACGCGGGGAUGCCGGCGGUCAACGCCCAGUCCUUCUUCAACAUCCUCAUGGAUCGAAACCCCGCCAACGCGCCCGGAUUCGGGGCCUCCUAUCCGUUCCUCUGAGUUGGCGUGCUUUUCGGGAGAGCCGGAGCGUGAGAUGUAAAAAACACUACCGGGGGUGGGCCGGGUGCCCGGGGUCCGGUGCCCCGGGGAUCUCCCGGGCCCGAAGAGAUUUUUCCGACGUCGAACCGCUCUUUGCCCGUUUAGGGUUCAGAGCGGGCCAAGUGCCCACCCGUAGCUUAAAGCCGGCUCGGGAGAGUGGCAUACGCACGUAGAGGGCAUUCCCUUCCAACACUCCUCCAUAAUCAUUCACACCCUAGGUUCCGGGAACGUUUACAUUUUCACGUCCUCUAGAUGAACGAAGGGACGAUAAGGACGAACCCUAGUUAGAACUGUUUUUUUUAACGUUUAGAAAACACGCACUACAGAGAAACCAUGCGAAUGGCAUUAGCGUAGUCUUAGCGUUAACUUCUUCAUCAGAAGGAGCAGCGUGGCCCACUGGAAAAGCCCCGGGAGGCGGAGGACCCGGGUUCUGACCCCGGCCCCGCCGGCUGCUUGCCGCUCGACCUUGGGCGAGCCGUAUAACUCUCUCUGUGCCUCGGUUACCUCAUCUGGAAAGUGAGGAUUAAGUCCUCCUCUCCGCGUCUUAGCCCCAGUGGGACGGGGACUGCGUCCGCCCCGAUGUCCUUCUAGCUACCCCAGCACUUAGAGUAGUCCUUGCCACGUAGUUUAGCGAGCACCAUUGAAAAAUCAA